AUGCGGAUCACUGGCUCGUUCCUGGCCUUGGCCUCUGCCUUCGCGGUCAAUACCGUCACAGCCUUAGACCCGUACGAGGGCUAUGUUUUCGCGUAUUUCACAGGGAACUCUAAAGCAGGCGAAAACAUCUUUCUCGCGGCAAGCUCUGGCAACAAUGCUCUGUCGUGGCAAGAGUUGAACGGAGGUCAACCCAUUCUGACCUCUUCCUUGGGAACAACAGGCCUGCGUGAUCCUUUCCUCAUCCGAUCACCGGAGGGAGACAAAUUCUUUCUCAUCGCCACUGACCUCUCCAUCGGAUCGGGUACUUCAUGGUCGGAUGCAGUGAGAUUUGGGAGUCGAUACCUCGAAGUUUGGGAGUCGAACGACCUGAAAACAUGGUCGAGUCAGCGUCACGUUCUGGUCUCUCCUCCAGAGGCUGGUAAUACCUGGGCACCCGAGGCAUACUACGACGAAGAUAUCAGUGCCUAUGUUGUUUUCUGGGCAUCUUCUCUCUAUGAUGCGGCCGAUACGAACCGGACAGGGGCCACCUACCAUCGGAUGCUGUACGCAACCACCCAGGACUUUGUUACUUUCAGCGAGACAAAGAUCUGGCAGGAUGCGGGCAUGUCUCGGAUCGAUUCCACUGUUCUGAAGUCUGACAGUGUCUACUACCGCUUCACCAAGGACGAGGGUGCCGGCGGAACUGGCUGUAGCGAUAUUAUUCAAGAGCGAUCCGACUCGCUCCUCGCAACACUGGAGUCGUGGACUGUUGUCACCAGCUGCAUUGGCAAGAACGCAGGCACAAGCGCAGUCGAAGGCCCUACUGCUUUCAAGGCAAACCCUGACGACGUAAACGGCGACAAGUUCUAUCUAUUCGUGGAUGAAUAUGGCGGACGCGGAUACAUCCCUCUCGAGACUGCGGAUAUCGCAAACCCACAGUGGGCCGUAUCGAGUUCCUACACACUCCCUACUAGCCCAAGGCAUGGCACUGUCAUCCCAGUCACCGCAGCCGAGCUUGCAUCCUUGACAGCCAGCUCCUCAAAGCCCAGAUCACCCGGCGCUGACCGUCUUGCCACGGCCAGAAAAGAUCGCAAGAGUAGGCUCAUGCCGCGCGACAGCCCUGUCUUGGCUGGUCUCUACGCCGAUCCAAACAUUGCGGCCUUCGGGGAGACGUACUAUAUUUACGCGACGAGUGACGGUUUCGCUGGAUGGGGUGGUCAGGAAUUCUAUGUUUGGUCGUCCCCGGACCUCAGCACCUGGUCUCGGGCAUCAGAGCCGUUCCUGGUCCUCAACGGCACAUCGGGCAACGUUCCGUGGGCGACUGGCAAUGCCUGGGCUCCUACCAUUAUCGAGCGAGAUGGGAAGUUUUACUUCUACUUCAGUGGCAACAACCCAACGUACGACCGCAAAACUAUUGGCGCCGCCGUUGCAAGCUCGCCGGAUGGUCCAUUCGUUUCGGAGUCGACCGCAAUGAUUCUCAACAACGAAAAGUUGACGUCCGGCCAAGCAAUCGAUCCUGCGACAUUCCAAGACCCUGAGACGGGGAUCUACUGGCUGUUGUGGGGCAACGGCCGGCCAUUGAUUGCCCAGCUGAACGAUGACAUGGUUUCUAUCAACUGGGACACUGUCCAGAACAUCACCGGGCUUGUCGACUUCAGAGAAGGCCUGUUCCUGGUAUAUCGUGAUGGCAUCUACCACCUCACCUACUCGAUCGAUGACACUGGAUCAGAGAACUACCGAGUCGGCUACGCGACCUCUGACUCUGUCACUGGGCCUUGGACGUAUCAAGGUGUAGUGCUUCAGAAGGACACAAGUCAGGGGAUCCUGGGCACGGGGCACAACUCCAUCCUUAAUGUGCCAGGGACGGAUGCUUGGUACAUUGCGUACCAUCGGUUCCAUAUACCUGAUGGUGACGGGACUCAUCGGGAGACCACGAUUGACAAGUUGACGUUCGAUCCAGAUACUGGGCUGAUCGAACCCGUGGUCCCAACUCUGACAAGUGUUGAUCCGUUCCCAAUUCCGGCUUCAUAG